UCGAUUUCCCAAACCGGAAGUCAUUCGUUUGUUUGCAAAACAACACAAAGACUCCCAUUUGAAGAUACGUAAAUACAUUCAGAUCCACAGGAAAAUCGAUAUGUAAAAUUCCAAUGAGUUUGUUUAAAAGAAAAGGCCCAACCUCAGUUGAGAUUGCUCAUCAAAAUGAUAUUAAACAAAACAUCACAAAAGAACUAUCUUCCUGCAUUAAGAGAAUACAGAGAGAACAGCAGUUGAACUCAGAUGAACUGAUUCUCAGCACCGAUUCAGCCAAUGCUAUUUGUAACAUCCUGGAGAGCAUCUUCCUUCAUGGCUGCAAGCCACCAGUUUCCAAAAAGAUAGCAAAUUACAUUGGUAUAAACCAGGGAUAUGAAAAUGGAGCUCAACAACUUAACUUCUGGUUGUUUUGUGAGAGAUUUACUCACAGUGAUGUAGUGGCUCAGCUUAAGAGAUUGGCUCAGGUCAACACAGAGAUUGGCCUCUGUAGAGCCUGGAUCCGGGUGGCACUCAAUGAUGGGUUGAUGGAAAGUUACGUCAAUGCUAUGAUUGCAGACAAGAGAUCCUUGCAGUACUUUUAUAGCAGUACAUCAUACUUUAGAGAUCAUGAACAACCAGGAAUUUUUCUUUCCUACUUAAAAGGACUGAUGUCGUAUGAGUUUCAGCUGUCCUACAACUCCAGUGUCCUCAAUAACUGGCCUAACUCCUCACUAGUCCUGGCGGGACUAAUUGAUGCUGAGAACACUCCUCUGCCUGUAAUUCACCCUAACAGAGUACCAUCAGGAAAACCUGAAGUCAUCCAAAGAGAGGAAGAUGUGGAGACUAUAAAUCCUGUCAACAGACAAAAGGGGCGAACGAAAAAAAGAUCAAGUUUGGAUGAUGGCGGGUUAUCUCCCCUUCCACAAGGAAGGUCAGUGACUGAGUACAGUUCUGAGCUGACUCAGGAAGAUGUAGACAAAAUUCGUGGCAUGAAGCCUAGAAAUAAAACUAGGUCAGAGUGCUCCAGUUCUAGUCGAGUUUCCUGCCCUGACCCUGUUAAAUACAACAGAAACCCCGCUUCCUAUGUGGCAGAUCAAGGACAUGACAGCAAACCAAUGUUUGAUGAUGAUGAUGAUGAAACAGGUGAUCUCUCUAAGGACAGUGAAAGUCAUGGUACCAGGGUCAAACAAAGUGAUGGAAAAAUGGAUCAACUGCCUCCCAGUAUUAAUCUUACCUCAGACUCUGAGCUGAGUUCACCGGGAAAACCUUCUUUAAAUGAUCCAAGCUCUUACGGGGAACUGAGUUACUCGAGUGCCUCUGCUGAGCUGGUAGACUGUAAGAGCUUAGAGGAGGAAAGCUACUGUGAUACUGAUGGAUCGGGACUUCAGAUAAGUCCUCUAGAGAUGAAUGGAUAUGAGGAUAUACAUGAAUGUCUGGAGGAGUCUAAAAAUACUCAAAGUACAUAUGAAAAAACGCAGCCUGUGUUGAUCACGGAAAACAAAGCUAGUGAAGUAAAAUUGACAUCUCAGCAGCAAGAUUUUGUGAAUGAACGGAUUUUAGAGGAUAUUCUCAACACAGAACUUAAUAGUCCUGCUGAUUCAGAUAGGAAAGAGCAUUUAACGAGUGACUCUUCAUAUGAUAACAGUAAAGAUGACUCAUUUGACCAGAAGAAAAGGACAAGAAAAAAGUCAAAAGAUAAGAGGGAGAAUCUAAAACCUGAUUUUAAUGUGUCACCACGUGACAUAGUCCAACCUCAGCUGUCGCCGGCUGUAGCUGAUGCAAUAGUAACAACAAUGAUGGACCAAACCACAAAGAAGAGGUUCUCUGUAGGGAGUGAAGAGGGUGAGGAGGUCUCCUCUUCUCCACGACGACCCAGGUCAGGGGCACUAUCUGUCUGCCUAGAGCCGGAAAAUGAGGAUGGUAUUGGAAUAUCUUCACCUCCCAGUGUAGGGAACAGUCUUGGGGCUCGCAGUGGAUGGUCGUCAGAUUUUGAACAACCUGUGCGACCAACCACCAUAGCUUCUAUGCCUGUCAGAAAUAAAUCUGAGAGUUUUAAUUCCUUGUUGAAGAGUUACACGCCCUCCAGCCAGGUUGCCUCCCCUACGAUGGAGGAUGUGCUUCAAGAACUUCCAGAAUGCAGUGACUUCUCUUCAUCACCACCACAGGUGGACCCAACAUUUUCUACAUCUCAGGAAGAAGAUUACGAGAUAGUGGGUGACCCAGAUUCCGAAGGCUCGGAAAGAGACUCUCAAAGCCAGGCCUCCUUGCUUGGGGUGAUAGCCAAUGAGAAAGGACUGGACGCCCAGAAUUACCAGUGUGGCAGCUGUAAACGACCAAUCGGAUUCAUUUAUGGAAAACCUCGGGUUUGCACAUUUGAUGGGAAGUAUUACUGCUUCGAGUGUCAUGAAAAUGAGGAGUAUUACAUUCCAGCCUUUAUCAUUCACAACUGGGACUUCAGGAAGCAUAUAGUUUCCAAGAAGUCCCUGACCUACCUACAAGACAUUGAGGACCAUUCCAUCAUUGAUGUUUCUGUUGUGAACCCCCGGUUGUAUGAACAUAUCAAAGAAAUGGACCAGCUACAGGUGUUAAGGAAGCAACUUUGCCAUUUGAAGACGUACUUAUUCACAUGUAAACAGUCGACUGCAGAUGAAUUCAGAAAGAGCAUGUGGCCAAAGGAAUACUUAUAUGAGGGCAUUCAUACUUAUACAUUAGCUGAUCUGCUGCAGGUGCCCUCGGGUCAGCUGACACAGAGUCUGAAGAAGUCCAUUAAGUUUGCCACAAAGCAUGUGUACGAGUGUCCCCUGUGUAGUGGGAAGGGGUUCAUCUGUGAGCUCUGUCACAAUCCUAAGGUCAUCUAUCCAUUCCAGACAGAUGAUACAAUCAGGUGUCCUAAAUGCAAGUCUGUGUUCCACAAAUCCUGCAAGUCCGAUUCCAAGUCGUGUCCCAAAUGUGCUCGGAGAAACAAGAGAAAAUCACAAACAGGGGACUGCCUGGAGACUCCUGAUAUCCACGACUACGCUUUUACCCCGCAACUUGUGGCUUGACACCCUGCUGAUAUUCAGCUGGGGAAAUUAUACAUAAAUCAGCUGACUUUGUUUUAUUAAAUACUUGUUUUAUAGCCAUUGAUCAUAAGCAUACCAUAGCACAUGUUUGUCAAUAUUUCAAUGAAAAAAUUAUUUUAGAAACAAAUAUACAGUGCCUUUUAACAUUUUGUACAUUUUAAAAGACACAUCUAGAGUUACAGAUGGUGUUUUUAUAGUACUUAUUGUAAAACAUUUUAUUCCUGUUAAAAUUUUAAAUCAAUAUUUUAUUUGUCAAAUCAGCUUUAAUCUAAAUUACCUCCAAAUGUUAUUUUAAAAUACUUUUACCUAGUGUGUAAUCUGAAUGAGAUAUCCAUAGUGUUAACUAUUUUAUGCUUUGUUCAGGGUUUGCUUGCUGUGUCGGGAGAAAAUGAAGCAAAUGUCAGUUGUAACAAGUUUCUUGAUGGAAUAUUGGAUGGGUCAGUAAGGUACACAUCUUUAUAGGAAUAUCGAGUUAUCUCAAUGAACUUACUCUGUAGUCAUUGUCUGACACCCCACUGCCAAUCUAGCAUACUCUUAUUGCAAGGUUGGCUGUGGGUUUCCCAUGAUACUCUGUAUGCGAGUAAACUUCUGAUUAUGCAAGUGCAAUAUAGAGUGAUUGUACUACUGUGAACAAUUCUUUGUUAUUUUAUUAUGAAUAAAAUAUAAAUAAACAUUUUAGUAUAUA